UACCUAGCACUUUCUAUUUUCACUUCCCUCAUUUGCCUUUGAAGAAACACUUGAAAAGUCCAGCAAACUUUUUAAAAUUCUCAUUUCCCAGCCAUCAACCACAUUGCCGCAACUCGGCUCCUGAGGCAAUAAAGACCAUGGAGGACGACCAUAUUCUUCUCCCACCAACUGGUUCUGCAAGACAACAAGCAAGCAAUUCUUGCGGCAAGGGGACUGCCUACACUAUCUUUUCUCUCCUGGGGGUCUUGCUCCUCGCUGGCCAGGCUGUGACCGUCUACUUUGUGUAUCAGCAUGACAACCAGAUCACCAAGCUGAACAAGAACACCCAGCAACUGAAACUGGACUCCCUCACCGGCAGCAUCUCUAAAAAUGUCCAAAGAUCAGGCCCAAAGAUGGCAAUAGCCAAUGUGAUGCCUUUGGCCCUGAAUGAACCUGAGGUAAAGAGAACAGACACUGAUCCUUUCCGUUCCAUGACUUAUUGUUGUCUAUCUGUGUUGGAUUCAGUGGUGGGAUUCAGCCAAUUCACACCUAUUCGGGAGAAGCGGUUAAACUGCCUCUCCAGUUACAUUGCAAUAAGUAAGCGAGAAAACCCAACCAGAAAUUUUCCUGAAUUAAAAAGCAACUUCAUGGAAAAUAUGGGACACCUGAAGAUCCACAUGGGUUACAAUGACUGGAAGGAGUUUGAAACCUGGAUGCACAAGUGGCUGAUCUUCCAAUUGGCCCAAAAAGCGGAUAACGAAAAAGGGAAAACCAAGUGCCAGAAGGAAGAGUGUGUUAAAGGUGUCCAUCCAGGAAAAUUAUGUGCCCAUUGUGAUAAAAAGGGGAACUAUCUGCCUAUGCAGUGCCAUUCCGGCACCGGCUAUUGCUGGUGUGUCUACAAAGAUGGCACCGAAAUUGAGGGCACUAAAAUCAGAGGACGUCCAGACUGUACUGGAAUAACUAAUCAGAGUGGACCAACAGCCCGCCCCACUCGCCGCCUCCCAAAAAAUGGCACGCUGCUGCAGCCCCCCCAAGGCAUUUUGGAUCCUGAGAAUGCGACCUAUUCUGGAGACCAAUACUGAUGGAUCUUUUCAG